UUAGAAUUUGAUAAAUGUCUAUUUUCAGCAUCACACGACGUAGAUUCAAUGCGUGAUAUGCGAGAUGCUUUGGGUGCACUUGGUCCUGUGAACGGUGAUAAACCAGAAAUUACUAAUCUUACUCUUGCGUUAACCAUGGUUGAGAAAGACGACAUUAUUUUUCUUACUUCAGAUGGCAUCAGUGAUAAUUUUGACCCUGUUGUAGGGAAAUUCGCUGUACCCUUGACGAAUAAAGUUCAGUUUUCUAACCAUUCAGUAUUCCUAUCUUCAAGAACAGAGAACUCGCAUUUGUUAGCAAAAAGGCAAAAUAAAAACUCAAUCAGUCGAAAACCUCAACCGAACGGAUUGUCUGAAUCGAGCACUAGUUGUAAGCUGGAUACUGAUUCGAAUUCAUCGAUUUAUCAACAAUCUUCACAGCUAAAACGUCGAAUGUUCGAAGAAUCAUCAUCAAAAGGAACCCGGCCUGUCUACUUGCGUUCCAAAACAUUUAUUGAACCAAGAUUGCUCUCAACUGAUCAGAAAAUCAAAAAAACUAUGUUACCACAAGUAACAGGUGCCCAAAGACAUCAAUUGACAUUACUAAGAAUGGCUGAUCUGCUGAUGUAUGGAAUCAACGGAACUUUAAGACCGUCCACUAGCGCCAAGCAACUCUGUCAAUUGUUAGUCGAUUUUGCUACUUGUAUUACUUCAGCUAAAAGAAAAUCACUAGAACAGCGAGAGCUCUACUACAAAGUGAUUACCAGUAAGGAUGGUUGUUGCAAGGAAAUUGGAUUCACUAAGCAUCAGCAGAAAAUUGCUCGCAAACGAAUAGUCGAAGGUAGCACAUUUGCUUUAUUACCAGGAAAAUUGGAUCACGCAUCUGUUGUUGCGUUUACUGUAGGUAGUGAACGUGUAUUCAAUGAAUCUUAUUUGUAAUAAAUCUUUUGUGUGACACUA